UGGAACAAUCCAGCAAGUUAUUUCUUGGUUGGAGAAAGAAAGAGAUCUCUCUAAAGUUGAAACCAAGGAGCCAUUAGGAGCAAUCCCCAAGGGGAAUCGGGCUUCCAUUUAUAGCACGGACCUAUUGUAAAUGUGGAGAAGCAGCACUAAUUCUUCAAAUCCGCAUUGGAUUUGGGGAAAAUUCGGUGGUUUUGUUGGAACAGCUUGCGUGAUUUUGGGAGACAUUUAAAGACAUGGCUACAGUGAACUUCUUGCUGAAGCACUUGACCAGUUGGCCCCUGGCUAUUUCACUACCAUUUCAAGUUUACUAUUGUGCUGCUGUGGGAAUAUAAACAAUGCAGAGGCAAGCUGAUCAAGUGAAACGCCGUUCAAACACCAACCCUUCCCUCCGAAUUAGGAAUGUGGAUAUUGCCAGGGGAAGAACUGGAUAUGGAUUCACGCUUUCUGGCCAAGCUCCCUGUGUCCUUAGCUGCAUUCUGAAAGGAAGCCCAGCACAUUAUGUUGGGCUUCGACCUGGCAAUCGGAUACUUAAUGUUAAUGACAUCAAUGUCUCUAAAGCUUCUCAUGAAGAUGUUGUAAAAUUGAUAGGACAAUGCUCAGGUGUACUACGACUUGUCAUUGCCGAGAGUAGUAACCAUUCUGAUACAGGUUCUAGUGAUGAGGAACUUUAUUUCAAUGAAGGCAAGGUGGCUUGGAUGAACAGUAAACCAAAGUCAAAAUUGAUGGGCCUAAACAGAGCUGAAAAAGUGGUUGCUGAUGUCCAGUCAGGUGGUAUUUUUAAGAUGCUUUUUGACAAUUCCAAUAAUUCUGCCAAAUGUGGCAAGACUUGUAUACAACAACAAGGACAAUUGACUGAAAAACCCAGUGGAUUUCCACCCAGAUCUAGAACUGCAAAAGCAAACCACAAUUCACUUUCUGAAGAAGAAGUAAUGAAGGUGUUGAAUGAUGACUCUGUUUUUGUCAAUGGCCUUGAAAACCAAGAAGGUUUUGUUUUAGAUGCUAGCAUUUUGAAUGUUGGAAUGGUAGUAGGCUACUUGGGUUCCAUCGAAUUGCCUUCAACAAGUUCAAAUCUGGAAAAUGAUAGUUUACAGGCCAUCCGUGGCUGCAUGCGACGUCUGCGUGCUGAGCAGAAGAUUCAUUCCCUUGUCCUAAUGAAGAUAAUGCAUGACUGCAUUAAAUUAUUCAGUGACAAAAAUAUUGUUUUAGCUGUGUAUCCUGCAGAAAAACUGGCCUUCAGUGCUGUGUGCCCAGAUGACCGAAGAUUCUUUGGAUUGGUCACCAUGCAAAUGUUUGAUGACCAUAGCCUUGCUAGUGAAAAUGAUGGUGGGCUGAGGACCUCGUGUCAUGUCUUCAUGGUAGAUCCAGAUCUCUGUCAGCACAAAAUUCAUCAGGGUAUUGCCAGGCGAUUUAGUAUUGAGUGCACUCCAGAUACUGGUGGCUGCUUGGAGUUUCCCCCUUCCUCUCAACCUGUUCUUCAGUUUGUGUCUGUGUUGUACAAGGACAUGGGGGAGUCAUUUGAAAAUGUGCGUGCCAGAGCUUUUCUCGAUGGGGACCUAUCUGACAGUCAGCAGAACAAUAGUACUGGCAGUAACAGUGAUAGUGGAAUUGGAUAUUAUAGCCAGGAGGAAAAGAAUAACAGAGUUUUAGUUGUCGACCUGGGUACCAAUUCAAACAAACAUGCCCCCCAUGGUGCCUGGGGUAAUGUCCAGACUAAAGGACAGAUGCAGGGUACCUCUCAGUGGAAUGGUGGUCGUACUGACAUGGAAGGCAAAUUCCAUGCAUCCCGACUUUCAGAUUUGGCACAAGCUGAUUGUACUUUGCAUAAUGGUAGCAGACAUCUCAGUCCUUCUGCUCGGCUUGAUGUUCCAGGAACGUCUCCGUGGUCUAUGUUUACUUCAGCUAAGAAAUCCGAUAUAGCGAGCAGUACUCCGUCUGCAACUCUGAGAUGGCUUCCGCUUCACAUUCGUAAGGACUGGCAGUACUGUAGCAGCAGUGAUCAGGAAUCCUAUGCAGAAUCCACAGAUGGACUGUCCAGUGUGAAUUGUAGUACACUGAAGCAGGAUCUUCCCCCUCCAAUGAGCAAGAUUCAGACAGAAAAGUAUCGAGUUGGUAGUGGUUUAGGCCAGCCUUUUUGCAGUGUAGCUCAGAAGAAUGAACUGACAAGUAAAUUGUUUGGAAUUGAAAAAAUGUUUGGGAUACAACAAAAUAACAAGAAAAGCAAAGACAAAAAGGGCACAAAGUUUUCUGGGAAUUCAGUUGGAUUCCCUCAAGCUCCCCAGCGUUCUUCUGUUCGGCGAUCAUACGGGAGAUCGAAGCGUUUCAGUAUAACCCGGUCCUUGGAUGAUUUAGAGACUGCGGCUGUGUCUGAUGGAGAGUUAAACAGUGCAGACCUGAAGAACUACAACAGUGAGAACAGCAUAAACAGCAAUGCCAGUCUUCCCAGUGUCCAGAGCUGCAGAAAACAGGUGGAACGGCAGGUAGCUAGUUGGGCUGCUUGCUUUGAACGUCUCCUGCAAGACCCAGUUGGCAUCAGAUACUUCUCGGAGUUCCUUAAGAAAGAAUUCAGUGAAGAAAAUAUUUUGUUCUGGCAGAACUGUGAGUACUUCAGUCAAAUCCCUAAGAAUGACAAGAAACAGCUUCUGUAUAGAGCUCGGGAAAUCUACAACAACUUUUUAUCCAACAAGGCAAAUACUCCAGUCAAUAUCGAUAGCCAGGCACAGUUAGCUGAUGAUAUUAUUAAUGCACCACACCCGGAUAUGUUUAAAGAACAACAACUGCAGAUUUUUAACCUGAUGAAGUUUGACAGCUACACUCGCUUUCUGAAAUCAACACUGUACCAAGAGUGCAUGUUGGCAGAAGUGGAAGGUCGCUCCCUACCUGAUCCUUGUCAGGUACCAUGCAGCCCUGCAUCAAGGCACAGCACCACUUCAGACCAAUCUACCCCAAACAAAGCCAGUACCAGGAUUAAAUCGUCCAGAUUGUUACCCAUUGAGCUUGAAGAUGAUAAUGGCAACAAGAAGAAGGGAACAUUUUUCUCCUGGUCACGGAGGAGCCUGGGAAGAACUCAGAAGAGAAAAGAGAAUGGCGAUUCACAUGCUGAUCUGUCUGAAAGUAAUGGACUGUCUCAGUGGCAUCGUGAAUCAUUUGGCUCCAUGUCAUCUUCCACCAGCACAGAGGGGAUGGCUUCUAGCUGUCCAAGAAACAACAAACAAGAGAACGUUUCUGCAAAAGCACCUAUGACUGAGAGAGAAAAACGUUCAAAACACUGCACCGUGAGUCUGCCAGAUGGUUCCUUGCAUACAGUUACUAUCCAAACUGGUAUUUCUAUUAGAGAACUGUUGACAGAGCUCUGUGAGAGGUUACAAAUUCAGUUGGCUGCCGUGGAUCUCUUUCUGGUUGGAGGUGACAAGCCUCUUGUACUUGAUCAAGACUGCAACACAUUGAACUCACGAGAGAUUCGUUUAGAAAAGCGUACACUAUUUCGGUUGGACCUUGUUCCUAUAAACAGAUCAGUUGGCUUAAAGGCCAAACCUACCAAACCAGUGACAGAAGUGCUGCGGCCGGUGGUGGCUAAAUACGGCUUAAAUCUUAGUGAUCUAGUGGCUAGAAUUAAUGGGGAAUCAGAAGCUUUGGAUCUUGGACUUCCUAUUUCUAAUCUGGAUGGACAGCGUGUUGUUCUGGAUAUUGCAGAGCAUGUUCCUGAAAAAGACAGAGAGAAGAUUACAGGAGGGAAAUCAGGCUCUUCCAACAUUAGCACACACCAUGGUGUGAAGGAAGAUGGAAGACCUGCGGAAAAAGCCUUUUCAGUCAGAGGAAAUGGAAAAUAUUCCAAAGAUGUGCGGCCUUCAAAAAAUGAUGUAGUGCAAACGACAAACAGAAAGAGACAGCCAAAGCUAAACGUGGAUGAAGUAGAAGAGUUUUUUGACCUUCUAUCAAAAGCUCAGAGUAAUAGAGUGAAUGACCAGCGUGGGCUUCUGAACAAAGAAGAUCUUGUACUUCCAGAUUUUCUACGCCUCAAGCCACCUGUACCUGAACCUGGCUCCUCCACUGCUGCAGCUGGUAAAGGAAAUGGUAGGAAGAGAGAAGAAAAAAGCCAAACAAUGCAAAGGAGUGUGACAUCAACAGAACAGUUUGAUAAAAUAGAGUAUAUAGACUCCGGAGCAGCUAUCUCAUCCGCAGUGAACUUCAAUGACAACUCCAACAACAUGAAAGCCAAGUCAACAACUCAACUCGAUAACAGUCAUUGGCCUGUGUUAAUGCCACCUAAUUAUGUAGAGCCAGUUACAAAGCAGACAAAUGAUGAACCUUUCCAUGUGCCAGUAUCUCCUAUUCCUCAUGUCAAUGAACAAAGGUGGGAAAAGCGGCCUGAAGUCCAGCAGUCAGAAACUGUACCACCUUAUGAGGAUGAAAAUGCAUUUGAUUUGACUCUGGUGGCAGAAGGUGACAUCAAUAGUCCAAACAGUACACUAUUACCACCCCCACCAACACCACCGUCCACUGUCAGUAAACUGGAGAUAGCUAACUAUACUCCACCAACUCCCUGCACAGAUGGUCAGGAGAACUCUUCACACUGCAGAUCCACUUCAGAUUCGAUGAAUGAAAGAGGAAAAGUUGCUUGGAAAAAGCCUGCUUACUUUGGACAGAAUCUGAACACUCAAACAAGUGUAAACAGGACUGCUAUAGCUGCUGAUGCCAACCACUCCCACGUAACACUUCCUAUAAACAAGAUUAUUGACAUCGAUGGAGUGAAAUCAGAAGACACUAGGGCGGAAACUGACGAGUCAGAUGGGAACCUGAGUUUUGAAGGCUACAUUUCUGAACUGAAAGGUUGCCAAGGGAGAAUGCGCACUGGAGUUUAUCGGAUGUCGGAGUUGCCAUCGUUGAUGACAGUGAAGAGAGACAGGAGUAAGACAUUAGAGGCACAGCAUAAGGCUACAUUUGUCUGAAUGUUGGUCAUGUAUUUUCCUUAAGAAGGGUCACAGAAAUGUUGGUCUGAAGUAAUAUUUGGAAGAUUGUGAUUCAAGAUAGUAAUUUAUUGCUAAAAACACAAUAAUUAACGUGCACAAUUUAUUUAUCACCAAUUCCAUACCUCUUGCGUUAGUUGGGGAAUAUGGAACGAAAACUUACUCACAUUAACAUCGACAAUUUGGAGAGGUAUGGAGAGGUAUAAUUCUAGAAUUUAAGUAUCGUUUCUAAAAGUAAAGAAAUGAAGUGUUUGCAUUUUUUGUAGCAACCUGUUAACACUUAACAGUCAGUUUGAUGGGUUAACAAAAUUUCUUUGAGAUCAUUUUGAAUGAAUGCAAUGAAGUAAGUCUGGCCAAUGGCUUUUCUUUUGAAUAUAUUCUGAUGAUAUAUCCUUGCUAAGGAUAUUGGCAUAACUGGAAAUAAAUGAAUGCUAAUAUAGAUUGAUAAAUGAUAGACAGGCAGACAGGAGUUCAUUCAUUUGCGCUUUCAUCCUCUUCUUUUGAGGUUGAUUGUCGUGGAUUUGCACAACCUAUGCUGCCCUUACACAUUCCAAAUGGAUCAACUGCAUCCAGUCUAUUAAAUCUGUCAGCCAUUUUCUUAGCUGCUCUCACCUCGUAUAUUUCUGUCAAUCUUUCCUUCCAGUGGCGCCAUGAUUCAUUACGGCCAUUAAGGUAUGGUAGAGAGUUUACAGGUCACAACAAUGGGCUGUCCACCAGCUAGAGUGAUGGUGACAACCCCACUGUAGCCACUUCUUUAAGCCCCACUGGGAUUCAAUGCUGAUCAAUGAGUGACUAAUUUCCUCUGAAGGGUCCCCUCCUGGCACUUCAGGUUAAACUAACAGCUAGUGAGGUGAGGGGCUGCUGGUUUCAUGGGUAGCACAACCAGCAAACCCAUGCCAGUUUCACUAUUGGACUUAUGUGUCUGACAUGGUACAAAAACACUCAGCAUCCGAUCAAAUGACCCAGCAUCAGGAAGGGAGGGUGGGAGUGAGGUACACAGAGAGCCAAUACUUUGCAUUGUUUCUGGCUCCCACUCCCUCACAAACUCCUCCCACCUAUGGCGUAGAGCCCAGCCACAAUAAUGGGCCUCAGGUGGUGUCCUUCUGGCACGUCUUGGGUGAGCCUGCUCCCAGGAAGACCCAUUGUUGUCCACUUGGAUACCUGUGUGACACUUAAUUUGGUGGGCCUCCCCAAAAAAGAUGAUUUACAGCUGUCACAAGCUCUCCGUCCUGAAGGCAAGAACUCUAUCAUUAUCAUUAAACAUAAAAAAGAAGAGCAGGAGUAAGCCAUUUGGACUUUGAGCCUGCUCUUUCAUUUAAUAUGGUCAUGGCCAGUCAUCCAUUUCAAUAGCCCCUGUUUCCACUUUCUCCCCAUAUUCUUUGAUUCCUUCAGCCCUAAGAACUACAUGUAACUUCUUCUGGAAAACAUUCACCGUUUUAGAAUCAUAGAACCCCAUCAGUGCUGAAAGAGCCCAUUGCCCAUCAGGUUUGCAUUGAUCCUCUGAAGAGCGCCCCUCCCCUCCAGAUCCACCACCACCCCCACCACUGCCCUAUCCCUGUAACCUCCCCUUGCCCAGCCUUACUAUGAUAAUCCACCUAACCUGCACAUUUCUAGAACCUUUGGGGCAAUUUAGCAUGGCCAAUUCACCUAACCCUCAACCCUGAACCAUUUUCUGUGGUAGAGAAUUCUAUAGGCUCACCACUCGUUAGAUGAAGAAAUUUCUCCUCAUCUUAGUCCUGAAUGACUUAUCCCCAUAUCCUUGAGCUGAGGUUCUGGACUCUCUGGUCAUCAGGAGCAGCCUUCCUGCUUACCCUGUCCAGUCCUGUUAGAAUUGUAUAGGUCUCUGUCAGAAAAUGCAGCCCAGGUAAUCUGCUGGCUGCUGUUAGGGCUCCUGACUACAUCGGAGGCUAUUUGCUGCUGCAGCUGCUGGAAUGGGGUGGGUGUCCUGAGCUCAGGAAGUGCUAAUCAAUUAUUGUCAGUACUGGAGUAAUCCUGUGGAUGAGGAGGGUCACCCCGGAGCUUUAAAGCAGUGCUAGGCAAUGGGACCAGUCAGGGAGGCCUCAGCGAUGGAGUUAAGGGGAGGGGGCAUGAUGGGGUUGAUGUAAAUAAUAGUGGAACUUCCUUCUUGCUGCUGGCAAAAGAGUCAAGUUCCAGCCAGACCCCAGGAAUGCCUGCGAGGGUGACUGUUUGCCUACAUGGCAUGUUUCCUACCUUUUGCUGUUUGAAUAUGAGCUGUGGUCUGAUGUUUCACUCUUGAGAGAACAUUAAAUGCUGCCUGUAAGUCUGUUCCUGUGGGGUUCCUCUUUAGGAAACAUCCCGAUGUUUCAUUCCAGUGACAAUAGCAGUAUGGACACUGGCCCAUGGGCAGUAGUCUUCAUUUGUCACUUUUUUCUUCAUUCUUUCAUGGGAUAUGGGCGCCUUUUGCCCAUUCCUAUUUGGCCAUGAACUGAAUAACCAUUUCAGAGGGCAGUUAAGAGUCAAUCAUAUUGCAGUUGUUCCAGAAGGCAUAGACUCAAGAUGUGAUAUAUAUGACAAUUGAAGUUAGUUACUUGGCCAUGAUAAGUGAGACUAGUUUCAACUCCAGGUUUAUUAAUUCAAGCUAAUUUCUACUAGCUGUCAUUAGUGGAAUUUGAACUUAUGUCCCCAGAGAAAUAGCUAGGGCCUCUGAAUAACUACUAUCUCCACUACAUCACCAUCUGACCCUUGAUGGUUAGGUGGAGUUUUAUAACAGGUUUUUCUACCCAGCUCCUCAAUAUGAUGAGAAAAAGCCAUUUAUGCCCACCUUUUGUGAUAAUUUCCAACAACUCAGAACACUUUGAACACCUGCAUCUCUGCUCUUGUGCUGAAGUUAUUUCGAAUUAGUUUAUGAUUUUUGGCUUAUGAUCCAUUUUAUUUUAAAGUAUGACUCUGAAUUUUCUUGGCAGGAUGGAAUGGUGGUGAAAGAUUCAGAGGAUAAAUGAUAGAAACGCUCCUUUCAGCAGUGAGCUGUCUUAUUCUGGAAUGCGCUGGCUGAAAGGGUCGUGUUAGCACAACGAACAGUAACUUUCAAAAAGAAAUUAGGGAAACCCUAGAAGGGGAGAUAUUUUUCAGGACUAAAGAAAAAGCGCGGCACGAUGGGACUAAUGGAUAGUUCCUUGAAAGAGGGACAGUGGCUUCUUUUGCUGUAUAUUGCUACAUCAGUUGUUAUUUUUGUGUACUUCAGCAGGUUCUCUGUCAAAAAGAGAUAACAAGUUGUGGAGUUGGAUGAACACAG